GGCGCACAGCCCUGCCGUUCCCAGCACAGAUCAAACUGUUCAAAAUGUUGCUUUUCCCAGCUCCAGCGAGAUAAGCCGGUGCCCUCCGCUAUAAAGGGAGCUGCAGGCAGAGCGAAGUGCAGGGGUGUUUGCACCUGCGUCGGCAGCACCAUGGCUGCGAGGGGGCUGGUGGUGCUGGUGGCAGUGGCGGUGCUGGUCACUCUCGUUGCUCCGGGAGGGGCAGAGCUGAAUGAAGAGAAUAGCCUGAGAAGGCCCCUCUGUGGAGACUUGGUCAACCUGGAGGCCUGCCCCUUGCUGCACAUGCCUGUCUGCGGGACCGAUGGGAACACCUACGCCAACGAAUGCUUGCUCUGUGUGCAGCAAAGGAAAACCAGGCAAGACAUCCGGAUUUUGAGGAACGGGGAAUGUGAAGGAGACUGAGCUUUCUGGUAGCUUCCUGAGCCGUGGAAACAGGCGAUUAAUUGAUCCUGUGCGCUCUGUGCCGAUUGCACGCCUCAGUCCGUGAUGGUGAAUAAUAAAAUGACAUCCACAACGCUCA